AUGUUAGCCAUAUCCUUACAAGAUUCCAGCUAUCCGGAUCCCAGGAUCGUCCUCAGCAAGAGAAUGACUACCACAUACACCGGAUCAGGUAGCGGAGUAGUGAGACGUAGUUACACUCGAGAUAUUGAGUUCUUGCUGUUCAUAAACAUCAGCAUUAUAUUCGUUAUAGGAAUGCUUGGAAAUAUACUGGUAAUCGUUGUGAUUUCGCGUCGUAGAAGUAUGCAGACUCCGACCAACUGUUAUCUCAUAAGUUUGUCAGUGGCUGACUGUUUGCUUCUCUUGUCCGCAACGUUACCAGCUAUACCACAACCCUUCUUUCGGCGGAACCACUGGCCAUGGGGAAGGGCCUUGUGUUCUCUUCUCGUUUUUGUGCAAUACCUUGGUGCCGACGCGUCGGCUCUUUCCAUUACAGCAUUCACGUUGGAACGGUACAUCGCAAUAUGCCAUCCGAUGAAAGCACAAACAAUUUGCACGGCUCGAAGAGCCAAGCGUAUAAUUAUCUCCCUUUGGUGCUUCUCUGUGCUCUACUGCACACCAUGGCUCGGACUUACAACCAUGACUUACCGAAUGGCAUGCGACGGAUCGACGUCCCUUCAUAGUUGUACCUACAGACUCGAGCGAGAAUCAUACCUUUUCUAUUACAUGACAGAUUUUUUUAUUUUCUAUAUAUUUCCGUUACUUUUGUCUGGAAUUCUGUAUUCGUUUAUUAUCAGGAUACUUUACAAUAAGUCCGGCUUGGAUUCGGACGGAAGCAAAGCUCCUGAUUACUCUAACAAUCGAUCACGUCAAACGUCCAAAUCACGCUACCAGGUGAUACGCAUGCUGGUGGUGAUAGUAGUGGUGUUUGCGAUGCUGUGGCUACCGUACCGAGCUAUAGUGGUAUAUAACUCUUUGGCAGACCACAAAUACCUAAACGUCUGGUUCUGGCUCUUCUGUCGCGUCAUGGUUUACAUCAACAGUGCAGUCAACCCCAUCCUCUACAGCCUCAUGUCGCUCAAAUUCAGGAAGGCCUACCACCGGAUACUCUCAUGCAGUGAGUAG